AUGGACGGUCCGCCGCCGCCGCCACCACCUCAUGGUGAAAAUCCCCAUACGACUGAAGGCGAAUAUCGCAAAUCCUCGGGCCUGCCGGAUGGCAACUACGACAUCUUUAUCGUCCCACCUCACUCCGCUGGCUCGGGCUUCCUCUAUCUCCCGUCGCUGCAGUGCAACCGGAACAGCUUCCUAGCGGGCGUCGCAAGCACACUCCUCGCAUGUUUCGUGUGGUCGUAUAUAUCACCCAUUGUGAAGGCAUGGUAUCUAGCCACGGUCGCUAGUGGCAGUGGUACGGGUAUGGCGGUACUUGCAGUUGGAGUCGGUGUCGCUGGAUGGCUUUUUGGCUCUGCUCAGUCCGGCAGCUCGGGAGACAAUAAAAGCAAUAGCAAUGCUCGAGGUUGGCGGUUUGGAUUUGGUGGCUUCGGUGGUGGUUCUUGGGGCCCAGGCGGUCCUGGUGGCCCAGGCGGUCCUGGUGGCCCGGGUGGCCCUGGGAACGCCGGUCCGAACACCAACCAACAGUCGUCCGGUGCCAACUAUAGCAACAGCGGGGCAGGUCAGCAAAGACAACAAGGAGGAAACUUCAAUGGGGGACAAAAUUACGGCAACCAAUAUUCCGGUAAUCAACAUGGCUCCGGUCCUCCUCCAAACUAUGAUAAUAACAAACGUGAAAAGGAGGAGGCUGAAAAGCGCGCCAAAGAAGAACGAGCUAAGGAGGAGCGAGCUAAGGAAGAGCGAGCUAGAGAGGAGCGAGCUAAGGAGGAGCGUGCUAGAGAGGAGCGAGCUAAGGAGGAGCGUGCUAAGGAAGAGCGUGCUAGGGAACAGCGUGCUAGAGAACAGCGUGCUAGGGAACAGCGUGCCAGGGAGGAGCGUGCUAGGGAAGAGCGCGUUAGAGAAGAACGAGCUAGGGAAGAACGAGCUAGGGAAGAACGCGCUAGAGAAGAGCGAGCUAAGCAAGAGCGAGCGAGGGAGGAACGCGCCAAGGAGGAACGUGCCAGAGAAGAACGCGUCAAGGCGGAGCGCGCUAGAGAAGAGCAGGCCAGGCAACGGGCCAAAGAAGAAGCUGAACGGGAGCGAGCAAGAGAAGAAACGAAGCGCAAAGAGGAGCUACGCCGAAAGAUGGAGGAGUUCAAGCGCAAGCGUGAGGCAGAGGCCAAAGAGAAAGAGAAAAAGCGCGAGCGCGAAGCAAUGGAGAAGGAGUUGAAGGAACGCCGUGAGCAGCUCGAAAGGGAGAUGGCUGCUGCAAGGGCCGCUGCAGAGAAAGAGACACGGGAUCGACUGGAGAAGGAAGCGGCAGAGGCCCGCGAGAGACAAGCGAAGGCCGAAGCUGAGGCGAAGGCAAAGGCGGAAAGGCUGGAAGCGGAAGCUAAAGAGAAGGCCGCGAAAGAAGCUGCUGAAAAAGAAGCUGCCGCAAAGGCCGCCGCCCAGAAAGAAGCAAUGGCCAAAUUUGCGGCGCUCAAGGAAGCGGCAAGCAAGAAAUACGCUGAGAAGAAGGCGCAAGACGCGAAGAAAGAGGCCGCUGCUAAAUCACCACCGCCCAAGCCAGCCAGUACGAGCAAUGUGCCUCGCACACCUUCUCCCAAGAAACCACCGCCCUCCGCAACUGCCAAAACCGCUAACGAAGACGAUGCGUACUCCUUUCGCCCCUACGACCGACCACGGCGGCCGUAUGCGGCUGGCACCUCGGUGUACUCUGAGUCUUCAUAUACACCUUCUCACUCGACAGCGCGCACAACGCCGCCGCCUUCACAUCGCAGUACAUACUCCACAAAGGAUCCAGAUAAGAUUGUGAUACAAGGUGUAUACGCCUUCAACAAUGCCUUUAUGAAGACACCAGUGGCGCAACUUGUAUCAGGUCAGGGCAUGGUCACCGAUGGGUUGGUGCUGCGCAUCACAACCGAGGGUCUCUUCAUCGACGAUGACCUACGCGGCGUUGGCCAACGUGAGUGGGACGUCAAGGCAUGGACCCUCAAGCUAGCGGAGGUGUGGUGUCCACAGGUAAACGCCACUCAAUCCGCUAAAACUGCGUCCAGCAACCCUUUCUCUUUCCGUCGUGGGAACAACGUUCCCACCAACGAAGAGUCAGAGGCCUUUCUUAGCAACUUGCUCAAAGUAUGCAAGAAUACUUGCCGUCUGGCUUCGCCCAGUGCGUGCUUUGCGCGCAGCGCGACUGCCAGCCAUGGUGGCCCUGUUCACCCGCCCCAGGCGGAGCCCCGUGGUUUGCACGUUCUCCGUGCCAGUGUUCGUGACCAAGAAGGCAAGAAGUAUGUCUUCGUGUUGCAAGAUACUGAGGCCUGGAAGGUUGCCAUCGGUCUCCAGCGGCUCCGGGCUGGUGCUCUGGUCCGCGCGCUGGGUGUCUCCGCUCUUCCGGUUCCUGAAUGCAAAACUAUGCUUAGUGCUCUCGGAUAUGUCUGA